ACGUUAUUUAGACGUCUCUCCCGCUUUAUUUUGAAAAUUCAAAUCUAACCAAUAGCUGAGUCAGACUGGUCUCACUACGUCAACAACCUCAGCGAAUCAGAAGUGACCGCCUGCUGCCAGUCUCCUUAUAAGAGCGCUGUUCUCAUUGAGAACACAUCUCUUCACCGUAAAACAGCGAGAAGAAAACAGUAAUAACAUGGCCAGAACCAAGCAGACCGCUCGUAAAUCCACCGGAGGAAAGGCUCCCAGGAAGCAGCUGGCAACCAAAGCUGCCCGUAAGAGCGCCCCAGCUACCGGCGGAGUUAAGAAGCCUCACCGUUACAGGCCCGGCACCGUGGCUCUGCGAGAAAUCCGCCGCUACCAGAAAUCCACCGAGCUGCUGAUCCGUAAGCUGCCCUUCCAGCGCCUGGUCAGGGAGAUCGCUCAGGAUUUCAAGACCGACCUGCGCUUCCAGAGCUCCGCCGUCAUGGCUUUGCAGGAGGCCAGCGAGGCUUACCUGGUGGGUCUCUUUGAGGACACCAACCUGUGCGCCAUCCACGCCAAGAGGGUCACCAUCAUGCCCAAAGACAUCCAGCUGGCCCGCCGUAUCCGCGGAGAGAGGGCUUAAACUGACUCCUGACUCGCUUCAACAAACCAACGGCUCUUUUAAGAGCCACCUACAUACACCUUAAGACGAAUGUUUUUAAAUUUAAGUGUUUACUAAUAUGUAAAUCAUGAAGGGUGAGCUAUUUAUGACCCUUUUUAUU